AGCUGCGCCACCCGUCACUGCGGCACAGCCGACAACAGGUAGCUCACAGCACCGACACCACCAGCAUGAACCGUCACGUAGCUCUGCUCCUCUGCGCCUCCUUGGCGCUCGUCGCGGCCGCCGAGGAGAAGUACCCGGCCACGUUCGACAGCCUGGACCUGAAGGAGCUGCUGUCGGAUGAAACUCGAGUCCAGGAUGCGAUGCGCUGCCUGCUGGAAGAAGGAGACGCAGCGUGCAGACCCGCCGGGAAGGCGCUCAAGGAGGUGCUGCCCGAAAUAGUGCGUACAGACUGCGCCAAGUGCACUGAGACACAGCACAAGAAGAUCGGAGGUUUCUUCGGAGAGAUUUCGCGCCGCCUCCCAGACCUCAUGAAGAAGCUGCUGGACAAGUAUGACCCAUCUGGAGAAUACAGGAAGAAGUACGCCAAGUCCUGGGCCGAUGGGGCUGAGGUGUCGGGUGAUCGACCCCCGCUCCCUCCUACGGCAACCACAGAGCGAUACGCCGCCACUCCAGGCCACGCCAGGCCGGCAUAUAAGCCGCGCCAGCCGUCACUGCGGCACAGUCGACAACAGGUAGCUCACAGCGCCGACACCACCAACAUGAACCGUCACGUAGCUCUGCUCCUCUGCGCCUCAUUGGCGCUCGUCGCGGCCGCCGAGGAGAAGUACCCAGCCACGUUCGACAGCCUGGACCUGAAGGAGCUGCUGUCGGAUGAAGCUCGAGUCCAGGAUGCGAUGCGCUGCCUGCUGGAAGAAGGAGAUGCAGCGUGCAGACCCGCCGGGAAGGCGCUCAAGGAGGUGCUGCCCGAAAUAGUGCGUACAGACUGCGCCAAGUGCACUGAGACACAGCACAAGAAGAUCGGAGGUUUCUUCGGAGAGGUCUCGCGCCGCCAUCCAGACCUCUUGAAAAAGCUGCUCGACAAGUACGACCCAUCUGGAGAAUACAGGAGGAAGUACGCCAAGUCCUGGGCCGAGUACAGCAUCCACCACUAA